AUGGCGUCUUCUUCAACUUCAUUUGUUCCUAAGAGCUUUAAAUAUGAUGUGUUUUUGAGUUUUAGAGGUGAAGACACUCGCACUAAUUUCAUCGAUCAUCUUUAUUAUGCUCUUCAGCAGAAAAACAUUUACACUUACAAAGAUGAUGAGCAAAUCAAGAAAGGGAAAAGGAUAAGCGAUGAGCUGAUUGGAUCAAUUGAAGACUUAAAAUUCCACAUCAUUGUUUUCUCAAAAAAUUAUGUAUCUUCGUCAUGGUGCUUGGAAGAACUUGUGAAGAUAAUGGAGCUUCACAAGGAGACCGAACAUACUGCUUACCCCAUCUUCUAUGAUGUGGAGCCCUCGGAAGUCAGAAAACAGAGCGGGGCAGUUGGAGAAGCCUUUUCCAAAUAUGAAAAGGAAGAGGCUGCUGGGAAAUGGAGAAAAGCUUUGAAAGAAGUGGCAAAUUUGGCUGGGUGGGAACUGAAGAAAACUUCCGAUGGGCAUGAAGCUAAAUUCAUCAAAAAAAUAGUUGAAGAGGUAUCACUAGAGUUGCGGUCCAUCAAUUUCAGCAUUGAUGAAAAAUUAGUAGGCAUGGAAACCCGGAUCAAGGAUGUUUUAUCAUCUUUAGGAGCCACUUCUUAUGAUGUCUGCAUGAUUGGGAUCAAGGGAAUGGGAGGUGGUGGGAAAACAACUUUGGCCAGAGCAGUUUUUGAUCAAAUUGCCUGUCAGUUCGAAGGUAGAAGCUUCGUUGAAAAUGUUCGGGAAGUUUCAAAUGUUUCUUUGUCCGGUUUGAAAUCCUUGCAAAGUCAAGUCCUUUCAGAUAUCUUAAAUGAUCAAGGCAUCCACGUUAGUAGUGUUUAUGAUGGGAAAAACAUGAUCAAGAGGAUGGUGCGUGGUAGAAAAGUUCUUGUUGUUCUAGAUGAUGUGGAUCAUAUCGACCAGCUUGAGGCGUUAGCCGGAGAUCCUACUUGGUUUAAGCCCGGAAGUAUAGUUAUCAUUACAACAAGAGAUGAGCAAGUGUUGGUAGCACAUGGAGUGAAGUUGAUUCAUAAUGUCAAUCUGUUAUUGGAUAAGGAAGCAAUAUGCCUUUUCAGUAGGUAUGCAUUUGGGAGAGAGAUUCCAAUUCAAGGGUAUGAAGAGUUGUCAUGGCGAGUUGUACGCUAUGCUGCUGGUCUUCCCUUAACAAUAAGAGUUUUGGGUUCAUUUCUAUGCGGUAAAAAUGAGCUUGAAUGGAUAGAUGCCCUAGAAAGAUUAAAAACAAUUCCAUUAACCGAAACUCUGAAAAAAUUGGAAUUAAGCUAUAUUGGCUUAGAGGAGGAUUACAAGGAAAUGUUUCUAGAUGUCGCAUGCAUAUUGAAAGGUCGGCCAAAAGACCAUGCAAUCAAAGUGCUUGAAAGUUGUGGAUUUCAUGCUAGAAAUGGUUUAAGAGUCCUUGAGCAAAAAUCUCUUAUAACUAUUAAUGAUAUUUCUGGUCGUGAGCGCGUGAGCAUGCAUGACCAUGUUGAAGAAAUGGGCAGGAAUAUUGUUCGUCGUUCACACCCAAAUAUGCCUUGCAAACAUAGCCGCUUGUGGACUAAAGAAGAAAUUGAAGAUAUAUUGGUUAAUGACUUGGGUACUGAAGCAACAAGAUGCAUGCGAUUCUACAUGUGGAGAGUCAAUACAGAGAUUGUUAUGAAAGGUCUCCAAAAGAUGAAGGAACUCAGACUUCUUGAUGUGUCCCUCAAACUUACUGAUGAAAGUAAACGUGAUUGUUUUCGGCGGAAUUGGGAACUUCAUAAAUUUCCAAAUACUCUACAAUAUCUUCGUUGGCACAAUGGCCCUUUUACAUCAUUACCCAAAAUAUCUCAAAAAAAUAAUCUUGUUGCCCAUGGGAUGGUACCCUGGGGAGGGGGAGAAAGAAAGAUUCUUACAAAGCUCAGAUUCCUUGACCUCAGUUAUCCAAUGUUGAGGACCCUUGACCUUGGGCUGACUCCAAAUCUUGAGACGUUGACUCUUGGAAGGUGUGGUGAUUUGGUAGAACUUCACAUGCCCGUUGCAUGUAUAAAGUUGAGAUUCUUCCACAUCAGUGAUUCAAAUUUGAGGACCCUUGACCUUGGGUCAGCUCCAAAUCUGGAGUUGUUACAUCUUGAUAAAUGUUGGGAAUUGGUAGAACUUCGCAUGCCCGGUAGAUGUCUAAAUCUCAGAUCCUUCAAACUCAAGCAUUCAAAGUUGAGGACCCUUGACCUUGGGUCGGCUCCGAAUCUCGAGCUGUUAGAUGUUGAUGAAUGUUGGGAUCUGAUAGAACUUUAUUUGCCCGGUGGAUGUUUACAUCUUAGAUCCCUCAAACUUGAGCAUUCAAAGGUAAGGAUCCUUGACAUUGGAAUGACUCCAAAUCUAGAGUAUUUAGGCCUUAAAAAUUGUUACGAUUUUGAAGAACUUCACAUGGCCCAUGAAUGUCAAAAGCUCACAUCCCUCCAUGUUAGUCAUUCAAAGUUGAGGAUCCUUAACCUUGGGCUGACUCCCAACCUCGAAAAGUUAGAUCUUGGAAAUUGUUUUGAUUUGGAAGAACUUCACAUGGCUAAUGAAUGUCAAAAACUCACAUCCCUCUACAUCAGUCAUUCCAAGUUAAAAACCCUUGACCUCGGUUUGACUCCAAAUGUCGAGAGGUUAGAUCUUAACGAAUGUUAUAACUUGGUAGAACUUCACGUUCCCAUUGGAUGUCUAAAAAAGCUUGUCUACUUAAACUUAAGUGGUUGUUUGAGGUUUAGAUCUUUUGUGUUUAAGAUAAACGAUUGUAGUGUGGAUGAAUCGCUUGAGGUUAGUCUUUUAGCUGAGUUACAUCUGAUUGCUGAGUCCCUGGAAAGAUGCCCAAUUCAUCCAGACAAUAAUUUACCAAAGUUUCAGUUUACAUGUUUUUAUAAAGAUGAUCUACCCUCAUUGACAAGAAAUCUUGAGAAGCUUGUUUCCUUUGGUCUCUGUUCAUGCACAAACCUUGAAGAAUUUUCAGCAAGCAUUUGUGGGUUACAACGUUUAAGAAAGCUUAAACUCAAAGGCGGUAUACCAGAGGCUCCCAAGGACCUUGACCAAUUAGGAUGUCUUGAAAACCUAAUUUUCUCGUCUACAAAGAUUAAACAUCUUCCAGAUAACAUAUGUCUCUUGAAACAUCUGAAAUCUCUCAAACUUAAAUCAUGUUGGCUUAUUGAGAAGUUACCUGAGAAUCUUGGCCAUUUAGAAUGUUUAGAGAAGCUGACUUUGUCAUCUACAAUGGUUAAUCAUCUUCCAGAUAGUAUUUGUAUGUUGAAACAUCUGAAAUCUCUCAAACUUAUAUUCUGUUGGCUUCUUGAGAAGUUGCCCGAGCAUCUAGGCCAAUUAGAAUGUUUACAGAAAGUAACUCUGUCAUCUGCAAAGAUUAAAUACCUUCCUUACAGCAUUUGUAUGUUGAAAAAUCUGAAAUCUCUCAAACUUAAGUACUGUUGGCUUCUUGAGAGGUUACCGGAGGAUUUCGGCCGAUUGAAAUGCUUAGAGAAGCUAACUUUGUCAUCUACAAAGAUUAGAUAUCUUCCAGAUAGCAUAUGUAUGUUGAAACAUCUGGGAUCUAUCGAACUUAAUCAUUGUACAUUGCUUCAGAAGUUACCUGAGGAUCUUGGCCAGUUGGAAUGUUUAAAGGAGCUAAUACUGAUGAGGUGUACAGAUUUACGAGUUCUCCCAAACAGCAUCUGUAAGAUGAAAUGUCUAAAACAUUUCCUGCUCCGCUAUUGCAUUCGAGUUGAGGGAUUGCCCGAGGAAAUUGGACAUUUAAGAUGUUUAAAAGAAUUAGAUAUAGAAGGUACAUGCAUAAGUCAUCUUCCACAGAGCAUUCUUUUGUUGAAAGGUCUGCAUGUUUUAGGGUCGAGAGCGCUUCUUCAGUCAUUUGGUUUAACAUCCGAGAUACAAACCUCAGAAGAUGAAAGGAUCUGCUACAUAAAGUUUGUAGCAAAGGAGGGGUUACUCUUGAACCAGGUACAAAAGUUGCCAUCAUCGAAAAAGGCAUUUGAAGCAGCAGUUUCUCAGCCACCUCCUCCUGCUGCUGAGGAGGUUGAGGAGAAACCAAAGCCAAAGGUCGAAAAUGCCCCUGUAAUGGAGAAGCCUAAGCUGCCUUCACCACCACCCAUAUAA